UGGCCGGCGGUCCCCGAGCGUGCGUCGGGGACUGUGUCCCCAUGGGCGCGAGUGUAGACGUGCUCCUCCAAGUUUUGUUGUAACGCGCAUCCUGGGGUUGUCGGUGUCCAGCAGCGCGCCGCCGACUCCGGGCUCGGAGAAGAGGGCUCCCUGGGCUGCUCACCGUGCGCUUCGGCCUCGUCCGCGCCCGGGUGGCGCCCGAGGGGCCGGGGUGGCCCUCGGGCUAACGGUGCGCGGGACGCUGGACCGCGGUCCUGCCGGGGGAGGGGAGAGGGGAAGGGAAGAGCCGCCGGCGCGGGCCCUGCAGGUGUGCGCCUUGGGAGGAUGCUCUCAGCCGCCUCUGCAAGGACAGUUCGUGUUUGGUUAAAGAGAGACAGCGGACAAUAUUGGCCAAGCAUAUACCAUGCAAUGCCUUCUCCAUGUUCAUGCAUGUCUUUUAACCCGGAAACAAGAAGACUGUCCAUAGGUCUAGACAAUGGUACAAUCUCAGAGUUUAUUUUGUCAGAAGAUUAUAACAAGAUGACUCCUGUGAAAAACUAUCAAGCGCAUCAGAGCAGAGUGACAAUGGUCCUGUUUGUCCUGGAGCUGGAGUGGGUGCUGAGCACGGGGCAGGACAAGCAGUUUGCCUGGCACUGCUCCGAGAGUGGGCAGCGCCUGGGAGGCUAUCGCACCAGCGCCGUGGCCUCAGGCCUGCAAUUUGAUGUUGAAACCCGACAUGUGUUUAUCGGUGACCACUCAGGCCAAGUAACAAUCCUCAAACUGGAGCAAGAAAACUGCACGCUGGUCACAACCUUCAGAGGACACACAGGUGGGGUGACAGCUCUCUGUUGGGAUCCAGUCCAACAGGUGUUGUUCUCGGGCAGUUCCGAUCACUCUGUCAUCAUGUGGGACAUUGGUGGGAGAAAAGGAACAGCCAUCGAGCUCCAAGGUCACAAUGACAAAGUCCAGGCCCUCUCCUAUGCACAGCACACACGGCAGCUAAUCUCAUGUGGCGGUGACGGUGGCAUUGUCGUCUGGAACAUGGAUGUGGAGAGGCAAGAGACACCUGAGUGGUUGGACAGUGAUUCCUGCCAAAAGUGUGAUCAGCCUUUCUUCUGGAACUUCAAGCAAAUGUGGGACAGUAAGAAAAUUGGCCUGAGGCAGCACCACUGCCGCAAGUGUGGGAAGGCCGUCUGUGGCAAGUGCAGCUCCAAGCGCUCCUCCAUCCCCCUGAUGGGCUUUGAGUUUGAAGUGAGGGUCUGUGACAGCUGCCACGAGGCCAUCACAGAUGAAGAACGUGCUCCCACAGCUACCUUCCACGACAGUAAGCAUAACAUUGUGCAUGUGCAUUUUGAUGCAACCAGGGGGUGGUUACUGACUUCUGGAACUGACAGAGUUAUUAAGUUGUGGGAUAUGACCCCGGUAGUAUCGUGAUGGCUCUCCCAGGAAUUAGGAAGAUAGUUUUCACUUAAAAAACGGUUGUUCUAAUCCAAAUCAGUACUAGAGAAUAAAGCAGAUGUGUGAGCAGGAAGAGACGCUGAAGACACUGGUGAAUUGCAUCUCCCUUGUUCAAUCUGUGGUGAACUAGGACAGAACACUUGCAGGGACUCUUCAGCUUGUUCAUACAGUGUAAAAGAAGAUAUUUUUUUUAUCAAAUGGCUUAUACAGUCUGGCUCUGCUACAUUGUUUUGAGUGUACUGAAAAAAUCUGUGUGUGGAGUUUAACUUUUCUUUUGUCAGUCCUCCAUUUUACGUGUUGCUUUGUGUGUCAGAGAAAUGAGGCACAUAUCUAUUCAGGGUAUUUUGGCCACUAUAAAAUAGUUGUGUCAUGUGGCCAGUAUCAUUUUCUUCUCUUCUGUCUUCAUCUGCCCACACCUUCUGCUUUUCACCAGAGUAUAUGUAAUUUACACUGUUUCUUCCUGGGUUUCUGCUUUCAAGCCCUCAGUGGAGAGAGUUGGAAGACUUGUGUGGAUCAACCAGCUGAGUUCUUCAAUCACCUGAAAAAAGAAUGACCCAAUUGCACUGUCUAACGCACUUGUGUUCUCACUGAGUAGAAAUGACCUUGGAUUUCUGUCUCAGUUUUCUCUGUCUUCCCACAUUAGAAAUGCUGUGAGAAGCUGCUCCCAAUCACCCCCUCCCCAGAAGUAGAUGCUAUAACUUAGAGCUUCAGCCAUCAGUGCCUGGAUCUUCAGAAUUCAGUUGGGGUUUCAGGAGUCUUUUUAUGCUUGC